GCUUGUCUUGGCUUUUCAGGGGAGCUGUUUGUGGCGAGCUCUCAAGAGAAAUUCACUUGGGAAGAGGCCAGAGCCGAGUGUCAGUCUCUGGGAGCGGAGAUGGCGACAACGGGCCAGCUGUAUGCGGCGUGGAGCGAGGGGCUGGACCACUGCAACCCUGGCUGGCUGGCAGACAGGAGUGUGCGCUACCCCAUCGUGACCCCGCGGGAGAAGUGUGGGGGGAACAUGCCAGGGGUCAAGACUAUCUUCCUCUUCCGGAACCAGACUGGAUUCCCUGAUCCCCACAGCAAACAUGACGUUUAUUGUUUUAGAGAAGACACAAGCCCCUUCUCUGAGUCUCCAGUCUCCGAGGCAGAGGGCAGCGAGAUGAUUGUGACUGUGACAGAAAAGAUGGAAGAGCUGCAGCUGCCCCAAGUGGAGCACGAGGUGGCAAAGGAAUCCCGAGGUGCUAUUUACUCCAUGCCCAUUUCGCAGGACAACCUUGAGGCUCAGCAGCCGAGCAGUGUCCCCAGAGAGGCAGCACUUGCCCCUGAGGCCGCACCUGGGCCCAAGGCAGGUCCCGUUAGCUGUGAUCCGAGACCGGGCCAGAAAGACCGGGAAGGGGGAAGUUGCGCAGAGAGACGCAGGAAUGGCGACACGCCUAAGUCUGACUCAGAAGAGACAUUGAGUGUUGGAGAGGAUCAGAUGCUGGAUCCUGGCCUCCAAGUUGAAGAGGAACCUGAGGAAGAGCAGAACGCAUUCAGUCCUUCAGAAGCCACUCCAGGGGAGGCUGAGUCAGACACAGAAGAUGAAGCUAUUGGGCAGCAGUCUCAGGCAUGGCCCAAAAUCUCUCCCAGCAAGUCUAAGGACAAGAAGAAACCCCACAGCCCAACAGAUUCUGUCCCAUCUCAGCAACACGGAAGGAAAGGUGCUGCAGAAACAGGAUCGUCCAAUAGCUUAGAUGCUCAUGAAGCAAGCAGUGGAGCAAGGUCUUCUGAUGGGGUGCACAAGCCUCCACCAUCAUCUACUUCCGAGAUCGUGACUGAAGAAGAGGUUGUCCCUCUGGAACAGGUAGGUCGUAACAUCAGCUACAGCGAUCUGGAAGAAUCUGGGUUUCCUCACCAACCUGAAGAUUCAGGGUUGCAUGAAAGCUCUGCACCGAUCGCCACCCCAAGGGCAAGUCAGAAGGACAAACAGUCCCCUCCGACCCCACAAAGUGGGCUCAUUUCUGAACUCUCCAACCCCCAUUCCUCUAAUAACCCCGGUGAUUCGGGAGAUGCAGAAUUUUCGGGGGCUGUGCCUCUGGCGACAGCCAUACCUGUGGAGAUGACACCAACAGGUGAUACAUCACUACUCGUUCCCCCUAAUGCUGUGCCUCCUAAUCUGCAGGAAGACAGUGAGGAACACUCUGGGACUGUAUGGCUUUCACCCACCAUUGCUACUUCCAGUCCUGAGGAGGCAACAGACAGCUUUGACUUGGGGCACCCAAUUGACCUCCAUCUUCCUUGGGAGGAGCAGGAGACCGAGGAGACCACUGAGCUGUAUGACGAAAGCACUAAGAUAGAUCCAUCAGAGGAUGAAUCUGAUGAGGAAAUGGAAACCCCCGCAACGGUCACUGAGGUCACAGCAUACUCGAGGACUGAAGGAACAGAAGAAUACAAUGGACAUGAGGAAAUGGCCACCUCACUCACAGAGGGCAUCUCUGAAGACGUUUCAGGCUCAUCCUUUAUGGGCACUCCAUUGACACAGCCCACCUUGACCACAGCUCACCCACUGCCUGUUCUGCCCACUGAAAGUGCUAGCCUCGGAGCAGGUGUGAAUAUUUCAGGUAACCCCUUUGGCUGUACUGCCUUGGCUCUCGUGGCAGCCAUUUUGGCUGAACUUUCACACUAAACCCUGCCCUACAACUAAUGCCGUUCUUCCUGAGCUGUGCUUUCUUGUUUGUAUCUGUCUUUCUCUUUCUCUCUUUUUCCUCCUUCCUCGUCACCUGGAUCGGGGAAGGCAAAGGAACCGGAGAAGCACACGUUUUGUCAAACAAACAAAAAAUUAGUUCUGAGAGAGUGCAUGUUCUUUUAAUCUCUGCUACUUCUGUGAAGUGUUUUAACAACUGUUUUCAUGAAAAAACAAACCUGUUGACGAGAAUAGCACUGCUCAUAAAUCAUUGUAAUAAGAGGACUAAUAAAAAAAGAAGAAAAUUAAAAGAUUUCUAGAAGAAAA